UGUGGGUACGAUUUUUGUGUUUUUCUGUUUGUGUCACGUACGUACAUACAUACAGAGGUAUUAGUGAUAAGUGAAGCUGUGUUUUUCGAGAGAGACCUAUGGAUACGUAUUCGUGAAAAAGCUGUUUUUCUGGUAAGGAAUAAUAACGGGAGUCUGAAUUGGACGAGAGUGUGGCUUUUCGUAAUAUGAGAGCAGACAAUGAGAAAGUGGCUAAGUUUGAUUUUUCCUCCGAAAUAUGAUUACCGUGUGAGAGAUGUGACAAAUGGAGAAGAAGAUUGGGAAUACGAAGAAAUUACGCUGGAGAGGAGUGGUCAUGGACUUGGUUUCAGUAUUGCUGGCGGAGUGGACAAUCCUCACAUUGGUGAUGAUCCCAGCAUCUACAUCACCAAACUUAUAGCAGGGGGCGCUGCGGCAGCGGACGGAAGACUACAAGUCAAUGAUAUCAUCGUCAAAGUGAAUGACACAAAUGUGGUGGAUGUUCCUCAUUGCGUCGCGGUGGAUGCCUUAAAAAGAGCUGGGAACAACGUUAGACUGCUCGUGAAGAGGAUUCGUGUCCCACAGCCGCAGCGGAUUCUGGAAAUAGAGCUUCUGAAGGGGAACAAAGGACUUGGCUUCAGCAUCGCAGGAGGAGUGGGUAAUCAACACGUACCUGGAGAUGAUGGCAUCUACAUUACGAAAGUGAUGGAAGGUGGCGCAGCCUACGUCGACGGCAGGUUGCAAGUGGGCGACAAACUCCUGGCAGUAGGUGAUGUCAAUUUGGAGCACGUGACCCACGAGGAGGCUGUGGCGACGCUGAAAGCCACUUCAGAUCGCGUGGUACUGACUGUCGCCAAGUCGCGGUGUCCGCCAGAAUUUUUCGCCAAUCACUCCGCCUCGUCGCCCUUAUCUUACAUAGAGGAUGCUUCUUCACCCAUGAGUAUGCCAAUGUCGAAGUAUGGAAGUGAGACUCUGAUGAAUGCUGUCCUCCCCAAAGUUGCCACCGACGAAGAUUUUACUAGAGAGCCGCGCAAAGUGAUUCUGAAUAAAGGAACAACUGGGCUUGGCUUCAACAUCGUCGGCGGCGAAGAUGGGGAGGGCAUUUUCAUCUCCUUUAUCUUGACGGGAGGCCCUGCAGAUAUCAGCGGCGAGCUGAAGAGAGGUGACCAAAUUCUCUCGGUGAAUGGCAAUGAUCUACGUCAUGCUACUCAUGAGCAAGCAGCAGCAGCGUUAAAAGGAGCAGGCCAGACUGUCACUAUGGUCGUACAGUACAGACCAGAAGGUAAGUUCCUGUUACUCUAGUACAGUGAUCAUGCU